UGAAUUGGUUAGGUACCUGGAUUAUAUAUCUAACUAGGUAUAUAUAUGUAGGCGCUGAAACCGUCUUGCGAAUCCGUGUGAGCAAUUGAUAGUGUGGAAACUCCCAUUGAGUAUCGAUGUUUUGUCACUUUCCACGGGUUAUGGCAAGAAUUUCGGCAUUAUUCUGCUGUGUGGUUUGGCACCUGGUGGCGUACUCGACUGCGUUGCUAUCCGACGAUCUUCUAAAUGUCCAACAGAGAAACCAAAAGUCUCCCGAGGACACAAGUACAGACCUUGCGAAGCUCAUCUCCGAGUCUUCAGGGGCCAUCAAUGCGGCAGCAGCAAGUAUUCUAGACUCUACUAGCUCGCCCAACGUCCAACGUGCUACUGCUUCUUGUACUAUCGCCGCUUUGAUCUUUCCCGCUCAAGUUUUUAAUUCUACGAGCUCAGAGUACCCACUGGAGGAGGAUGUCAAUUGGUCUCAGACUUGUUGGCUACCCUCAAACUGCUUCAUUCGCCCACGGAGCGCGCAAGAAGUUGCUCUUCUUCUCAAGGUCAUCGCCAAGGUUGGAUGUAAAUUUGCCGUCAGAGGCCGUGGGCACAAUCCAAACCCCGGGUUUUCAAGUGUCGACAGUUCUGGCAUACUUCUCGAUUUACGGGAUUUGAACUCGCUUGCCUUGGACCAGAAAGGGGUCUUGCAUGCUGGCCCAGGUAAUUCAUGGGGGGACCUAUGGGAUGCCGCCGAAGCUAGCAAUAGGACGGUAGCGGGGGCCCGAGAGCAAGAAGUUGGAAUAUCUGGCUGCCUGCUUGGAGGUGGAAUGCCAUAUUUCUCCAGCCAAUAUGGCCUAGCCACCGAUAACGUCAAGAACUAUGAAGUGGUCUUGGCGAACUCGACUAUCAUUUAUGCCAAUGCUACAGAGAACCCGGAAUUAUUUCGCGCUCUAAAAGGGGGUGGCUCCAAUCUUGGGGCUCACCAAUAUACUGGCCUUGUUACCCGCUUUGAUAUCGAUACCUAUCCGCUUCUCCAUACACAGUAUAGUAUCAAUACUUAUAAUACCACCGACUAUGCCUAUAUCUUGAAUGCGACUGUUCAAGUCCAAGAAGCAAUGGAGUUCGACUCAAGAAUUGACAUCUUUGUUACUUUCAGCCCCUCGGCGAUCAACGUGGGCUUAUUCUAUGCAGACUGGGCGGUAGAGCCACCCGCGGUAUUUAAGCCAUUUUAUAACCUCGAGAGUCUCAUAGGCUCACCUGUUCCGCUUGCAAAUGGAAUAAUUGUCUCCUUGACGUCCGCCUUUGCAGCUUCUAGCGCCCCCUAUGAUGCGAGACGAUCGCCUUCCGCAGCUACUACUAUGGUCGAUUACGAUCUUUAUAUCAAGUUCUACGAACAAUUCUUGUCAAUAGCACAGUCGUCUAGCAUGUCUUUUCCUGCAAAUCUGUCAUAUACUAUUGAGCCUAUGUCGUCAGCAAUGGUACAAAAGGGGGAAGACCUCGGCGGGAACUUGUGUGGCCUACCUAAAGUCUCACAAACGUGGUGGUCUCUAGUCGUAGAGUGGCAAGAUGAAGCGGACGACGCCGUUGCACAGCGUACGAUCGAGGCUCUCCAGGAUAGCAUCGACGGGCUAUCUAGGGAUAGGGAUCUUCUUCUCGACUUCCAAUUCAUGAAUCAUGCCGGGCCAACGCAAAAGGUUCUCGAGAGCUACGGCGAAGCGAACUUUGAUCAGCUCAAGUCAGUUGCACAGAGAUAUGACCCCAAUGGACUCUUCCAAAACCUACAAAAUAAUGGAUUCUUGGUUGGGAAGCCCUGAUUCAGAGCCCAGGACAAAGACAGCGCCACUGGAGGGGAUGUUACACAGAAUACUGCGGGCCCUUACAUACAUAGAUACAUACUUAUGUACUUAUAGGUAUGCUGGAGGUACAAAAGUAAUAAAAUGCUAGGUGCUUAAAAAUAG